GAAAAAGCAGGCAAAAUGAGUAGGAACAAAGCUCAGGUUCACAAUUCUUUUUCUGAUGAUGAUAUUUCUCUUCCCAAACCUAAAAUUGACAGGGUCUAUAAGCUUUGGAAGGGUAACAAUAAAUUUUUGUGUGGUGGGAGAUUAGUUUUUGGUCCAGAUGGGAAAGCCUUAAUUUUAACAUCAAUUAUGAUUGGAGGUCCUGCAAUGGCGUUUUGCUUGAACAUGUUGUUGUUAAUCAACCCAGAUAAUCCUGCUUAUCACUAUCCGGUAUUGGUUGGAGCCUUUCUUCUUACUAUUUUGGAUUUUUGUUUUCUCUUCUUAACAUCAUGUAGGGAUCCAGGGAUAAUCCCAAGGAAUGUACAGCUACCUGAACUAGAUGAAUCCUUUACUCAAUCCACGGAGUGGCUUAACGACAAAGCUUUUGAUAUCAAAUUGCCUCGUACUAGGGAUGUAAAGAUUAAUGGCAUGUCGAUUAAAGUUAAGUUCUGUGAAACUUGCUUGUUGUAUCGUCCGCCGCGAGCUUCUCAUUGCUCCAUCUGCAACAACUGUGUUCAAAAAUUCGAUCACCACUGUCCCUGGGUGGGACAAUGUAUUGGAAUACGCAAUUAUCCGUUCUUCAUUUGUUUUAUAUCGUUUGCAACAAUCUUGUGCAUAUAUGUCUUUGUGUUUUCUUGGAAGAACAUCCUACGCCAGGAGGGCAGUUUGUUGACAGUCAUGACUGAAGAUAUACUAUCAGUUAUUCUCAUAGCAUAUUGCUUCGUAACAGUCUGGUUCGUUGGUGGGCUUACAGUUUUUCACAUUUAUCUCAUGUGCUCCAACCAGACAACUUAUGAAAACUUUCGAUACCGGUAUGAUAGGAAGGGAAACCCGUUCAACAAGGGGGUGGCAAGGAAUCUUGAAGAAAUUUUCUUCUCAAAGAUCCCACCUUCGUUGAUUAAUUUCCGAGAAUGGACAACAGAAGAUAGUGUUUCGGUAAUGGAAUCUGUUCAUUCGGAAUUUAGUUUUGACUUCUUUUAUCCAAAAGAUAAAUUUGACCUGGAAGUGGGGAAGACUGGGAAGAAUGUUGAUAGUGAAAAUCCAGAUAUUUUGCAGAAUUUGGAUUACAAAGGUAUUGAUGGUGAUUUGAAGAAGAAGGAGGCAGAUGGUGCUGCUAAAGUUGAUCCAUCUAUCUCACCUACUCAUUGAGCACCACAAUAAUCACCACAGUGCUCUACUGAUAAAUGUACCUAUUAGAUCCCUUUCCUGUACAUCACUGUUCU